AUGUCUUCAGCACCUGAGCCUUCAGCCGUAAAAAAGGAGCCGCCCAAAGAGAAAGACUUCCGAAACCCCGGGCUCCGAGGGGUCCGGACAACAACUUUAUUUCGAGCUGUGAACCCGGAGCUCUUCAUUAAACCGAACAAACCGGUAAUGGCUUUCGGAUUGAUAACGCUUUCGCUAUGCGUGGCUUAUAUCGGUUAUCUACAUGCAACACAAGAGAAUAAAAAGGACCUCUAUGAAGCUAUUGACAGUGAGGGACACAGCUAUAUGAGGAGGAAAACAUCUAAAUGGGAUUAA